AUGGAGCACGACCUGCUGGUGGCCGUGCUGUCGUUCCUGGCGCCCCGCGAGCUAGGUCCCGCCAAGGCCGUGUCAUGCGCCUGGGCCGCAGCGGCGGCUGCAGCGCUGCCUGAAAGCUUCACGCGGCACUGCUUUCUUUCUUUGGCGGUGCACUACGGCGUGCAGCCCACGGCGAUCAAGCGCAUCAACAACAUGAUUUCAGAUCACUCGCUGCAUUCGCGCAUUUUCGUGCACGUGCCAGUCGCGUUUGCUGACGACCUGGUGGGCCGCGCGGUGCAGGUGCGCUACUGCCAGGCGGCCAAAAGGGACGUAGCCGUGCUGCUGGAGGAUGGGGACGCGUGCUGCAGCAGCGACUGGGAGGCAUACUGCGGGCGCGAGGCGGAGCUGCAGGCAGAGCAGCUGCGCGAGAAGAUGAGCAAGCUGCUGGGCCGCAGCAUGCGUGUUGACAAGGAGACCGCACUGUUCUACAUCGACGAGGCGGGGGGCGACCUGAAGCGGGCCAUGAGCUCAGCCAGCAAGGAUGCAUCCUGGGAGGACACCACCCUCGGGCCCAUCAGGACGGCGCCACUGCAGCGGUGGAUCAGCGGGGACGCCGGGCUAUAG